AGCACAAUCAAUGAGACACAAGGAUGGCAUGGGAUGAGGAAUCUGAAGAUCUUAGGACAAAUGGGAACAGUAGGAGAAUGAAAGCCCUUGAGUUGAGGGCUUGAGAGGAAUCACAGUUCAGGUCAAAGGACCGGGGGACAAAGAUGGAGUUUUCCCCUAACACCAUGGACUUCUCUCUCCUAGACUUGUUUCCUCACGAAGAAGCUCCCACUCUGUCAGCCCACCCAGGCCCCACCGUGGCCCCAGGAGAGAACAUGACACUGCGGUGUCAGACCAGGAGGUUGUUUGACACGUUCUAUCUGUCCAAGAAAGGGAAAACCUGUCCCCCACUGUACCUCAGGUCUCAGUACCAAGAUGGGAAGUUUCAGGCAAGCUUUCUCAUGAACCCUGUGACCCUGGACCACGGGGGGACUUAUAGGUGCUACGGGUCACUCAACAGCACUCCCUUCCUGUUGUCACAUCCCAGUGACCCCUUGGAGCUCGUGGUCACAGGGGCUCCUAUUCCUGUCACCCCCUCAGUGCAGACCCAAGACCCCACGAGUGCUAUCACCAUUACCACCAUCAAAAUCAGCAUUUUCAUUAUCACCACCACCACCAACCACAACAACAUCAAAAUUAUCACCAGCAUCAUCAUCACCAUCACCAUCAGCAUUAAUGUUAUCACCAUCUUCGUCAUUACCACCAUCGUCAUCAUCAAUAUUGUCACCAUCGUUGUCAUCAUCACCAGCAUCAAUAUUAUCAUCAUGCCUUAA